AAAAAAUCUAUAACACAAAACUUAAGAAAAGUAGGUAAUAAAAGAUAAAUGGAAGUAGAAAACUUAAAUAAUAACUAAGACACAUUAAAUAUAUAGGAAAAUUAGAGCAAUAAUGAAAAAAAAAGCAAGAAUAAUUAAUUAAGUUUGAAAGAAAAAUAAUUAUAAAUUGCUUCGUUAACUAUUUAGCCAUCAUUUCAAAAUACAUUUUAUCUGCAUGGAGAUAUUGUACUAUGCUUAAGGCAGCUAUCUUGCUUAAAUAUUUGUAGAAAAUUCCAUCAUAAUAACAUAUAUCGACAUAUAAAUAACAUUCGUAUUUGGAAGCCUUAAAGUUUUUCAAUUCAAGAAGAAUCUUUAAAACAAACUUUUAUUGAAGCUAGUUUUGAAAAACCGAAGUCUAGCCUUUAGGAUUAUAAAGGAUUGGCAGAAAGUUUAAUCUUACAUGGCUCAAAUUAAUCAGAAUAUCUAUUUGGAUAAAAUUUAAUUGAUUGGUAUAAUUAAGGCUAAAAGCUAAUAUAGUUUGUAAAAUAAUAUUAUAGUUUCCUGACAUAGAAAAAACUGCUUGAAUAAUAUUUAGAAUAAGAGGGUAUGUAUAAAAAUGAGCUUUUAUAAUUGAUAUACUAAACUAUAGAGUAACAAAUUUGUAAAGUAGAAUUUUUUUAGUAUAAUAUUAUUGAGUUCAAUUAGGAAACUUGUUAAUAUGAAACAACUAGAAUUGGUAUAUCUAAAGGUCUAUCAUGCUUACUUGGUGCUGAUGAAUAAGGCUCAUAAUAAAUUAUUAUAAGAAAUGGUGCAUUUGAGUAUUUAGAUAAUGCCACUAAUUUAAAUAUAUAAAGAUAAAAAAUGAUGUGGUUUUCUAAUUAAAAAUAAGUAUCUUAAUAGGUCACAAGCAAUAAUAAUGAGUUAGAAUGUUAUAUAGAAAAUUAAGCUGUUUUACAUACGUUAGAUGAAUAUUAGUUAACAUGUAGAGUUUUGUUUUAAAGAUUGCCUAUUAAGCAUGAUUUGUUAAAUAAAUAUCCAUACAUAUUUAAAAUGUAAUAAAGCUUAUUUAAUAAUCUUGGAUAUCUUCCUUAUCCAGAUUUGGUAAGCUUAGAGAUAAAGAUUAUUGAAGUAGAACCCUCUGCAAUAAGCUCACUGCUAUAAUAACGAUCUUAAUAAAUGAAUCCAGAAGGAGAUUCUGAUAUUGAGUAUUUAAAGGAUCAAUUAGAGUAUUCUGUGAGAAGUAUGGAUUUUAUAGAAAAAUUUUAUGAUAGUAAACUUUUAGCUAAGAAAAAAAGAUUUCGUAGAAAAAAAGGUCAAAUAAAUGAUUGGGAGUACUUAAAGUAUAAAUAUGAGGAAUAUAAGUAAUAAUAACAAUAAUAAAAAUAUAAUAAGGCAUUUAUAUCUAAUAAGAUAGAUGAUAAUCAAUAACUAUGA